AUGCCAUACAGGGUCAAAUGUAAAUUCUGUGCUAAUAUUGAUAAUUUUUGGCAGACUAAAACAGAUAGGGCUAUGGAGCGCAGUAUCUUAGGAGUUCGACUAUCGGACAGAAUUAGGAACACCACGCUGCGCUCCACAAUUAAAAUCAUUGGCGUUGGCCAUAAAGCCGCAGGCUUCAAGUGGAACUGGGCUGGUCAUGUCUGCCGCAUGUCAGACGAGCACUGGGCAAAACUUACUACUGAGUGGAGCCCACUCAACGUCUGGGACUACGCAUGCAACGUCACGAUGAGAGGACACAAACAGAAGAUCGGUGAAGACGAGCACCUACAGUUUGAUCCCUUCAAAGUGAAACUCCGUGUCGGUCAGUCUUCCAUCUACUUAACCAACUUGUUCGACGGCGAUCCAGUCCUGGGACCCGCCACCAACAGGGUCAUCAACGAAAACUCACAAGUCUUCCUACAAGAAAUCAGUCCGGUCCUAGAAAAGAGCCUUGCGGACCUCUUCACAGAAAUGGCUAAUAAAAUAACAUCGAAGUUCACUUACAAAGAAUUAUUCCCGUGAUCCGUGCUCAUAUAGGAGUAUUCAGUAAUUUUAGUUUAUUUGUGAUUUCGUGUACGUCUGUUUUUAUAUU